AUGAACCUUCCCAUACUCAUUUUCAUCUCGAUUCUGGUCACUUGUUCUGCAAUCAAUCCAAAAAAACUUCCGGAAUGUAAUGAUGAAGAACUUUCAAAAAUGGAACGGUGUAUUCCUAGAACUGACUACUUGCAAAUGGUUAUGAGAUAUUAUGAAGAUGAAAAUCAACCAGUUGAGAAUUAUAAGGAUGCAGCACUUUAUUGCACAAAUAUUUUGGAUUGUCUGGCUCCACUGAACUGCCGAGAAGCUGAACCAAUGAAGUUGGAAUUCGAAACAGUUCGCGAGAAUCUCGAAUACAAGAUGUUGGAGCUAAAACCAUGCCUUGCCAGAUUUUUCACCAGAACUUAUCUGAUUCAGCAUUCAAGAAAUUCCAGCUGUCUCAAAGAUUACAGUUUCUUAGAUAAAGAUUUGACUAUAAAAAGCGAUGAAUAUAUUGAAGGAGAGGCAUGCUUCCUGAAUACCAUCAAAUCGUUGUGUGGCACGGAUGCUAUGGAGUAUUACACCAAAAACUACCAAAAAUUUGUGACCACAAUUUCGACUGAACCAGAAGACGCUAAAUGCUCACAUCCACACUUUCAAUUGAAUUCCCUUCAAUGUAGAGGAUUGGAACUUGAAAUAAUCUUGAGAAUCGAUAGCCUCAAAGAAAGAAAAUACAAAGGAAGUUAUGCUGAAUUCACAGAGAUAAACCAGAUGUGCGAGGACGCUCAGCAUUGUCUCUCUGUGAAUGAAUGUCAAAAGUUUGAUACUUUUAAAACGACAUUGGAGAAAUCAUGUGAAUUACUGGAUUAUUUGGGUGACCAAUUUCAUUGCCUUACUGGAUUCUUCAAAGAAGCUUAUUCGUCAAACGGGUCCACUUGUUUCCAAAAAUGUGAUUUUCUAGAGAAAGAUUUGAGCAAGAAACGAGAGGCAUUCGAGAAGGGAAAAUCAUGUUUCACGGAUUAUGUCAAGGAUCACUGUAACCAGACUUCCAUUGACUUUUUCUCCAAGAAUUACCAGGAAUUCGUGAAUGAUAUUUCCAUCAAACCCAAUGACACAGAUGGUCAAAGUCCCCAUAAAGUAUUGAAUACGUUCCGAUGUGAUGCGCUAGGUAAACAAAUUCAAAACGAAAUCCUAGAAUUGCAUGCCAUGAAAUUGGAGUCGAACGACACUCGUGUCCCAAAAAUGAACAAGAUGUGCAAGGACAUGCAGUACUGCGUUGACGACUCUUGUUUUGUUAAAGAACAUACCAAACAUACAGUAGAACACACUUGCAAUCUUCUCGAGAUGGUUCACAAAAGAAGUUUCGCAGCCUGCGCUUCGAAACUGAUGAAAGACAAACCGGACUUUCUAGAUUAUGAAUGCCUGGAUGGACUGGAUUUAUAUGAUCAAUGA